AUGGCGAACCUCUUCCCGACUUACAGGAGGCCAUCUUCUGGACAUGCACACAACGGUCAGCCAUUCCCCGUUAUGAAGCUGCCGGUAGAGAUCCGAUUGAUGAUUUGGGAUUACGCCCUGCCGGAUUCGCGCGUGUACGAAGUCAUGGACGCCCCCAAUGCUAGCCAGAAGACGCCUGCCGCAUCAGGGCUGAUGUUUGCCAAUGUUCGAGAUGAACCGCCACCAGCCUUGGGUGCAGUGUGUCACGAGACGAGAGUUUUUGUGCUACAGCGUUACAGACCUCUCACUCUUUCGCUCACCACCAAAUAUGUCGAUUUAUCGCGAGAUAUUCUUCUCCUUGAGCCGUACUUGCUGGUCAAGCGCUUGCUCCGGACACUCCAUUUCUUCAGUCAGAUCCCUCUUGUCCGAGACAGUCUCAGCCGUCUUGCAUUCGGAACGUCAUACGGAUUAUAUACGGGUAUUUGCCACCCUGUUCUCAGCUGGAAAGUCUCCAAGUCAAAUACGGCGACACUGCUAGCACGUUUAGCCAAAUUUCGGAAAUUGACGAAGCUCAUCUUUGUCGUGCAUCAAGAGUUUCAAUUCGACUUUGAUGUUCACUAUCCAUACGCAGCACCUCAGUCAAGUAGCCUAGCGGCACUGCGGCCCCAAUUGGUUCACCAAGGUUACCGCUUCAAGUUUGACAUUGAAUCCCACCUCAAUUACACACAGCCCCGACGCCCGCACUCCAAUGAGUUCCUCAGAUACCCGCUGGCCAUAGACGAGGACAAAGACGACUGUUUCGAUAAAGAUGACUUGGAGAAUGAAGCAGAUCUUUUUGAGUCAUGGCCGACGAAUGAUGACUGGCGGCGUUUUCGACGGAGGUUCCAGAGAGCUAUUCACCUUGCCGUGGAGAAGGGACCCGCUGAAAGCCCUCGGCCGAGGUUGAUUCCUACGCUGGAGGGCGUAAGUCUACUCUGGAGAUACACCAAGGGGCAACGUCAUUGA